ACGGGGAGGAGAAGAAGGCGGGAGCAAUGAAGCACCGGCAUUUUUUUUUUUUUUUAAUAACAUAUCGUCUUUUUUUUUUAUCAUGUGUUCUUUUUUAUCAGGAGAGAGAAGGCGCCGGUGGAAAUACUUCAUUUAUCUUCGCGCGUCUUGAAAUCCUCCAGGGGUAUUUUCAGACGGUUUAUACAUUGGCGGUAAUAACCUUUGGUGUCGUCGCGAAGGAGCUCCGCGGUGAGACAUGCGCGGUUCCGCCAUGUUCCAGGAGGUGGAUGUCGGCUUCGAAGCCACGACGUGAGCGUCACCCGGAGGAGGAGGAGGGAAGUGGGGGUGUGCGUACAUCUUCACCAUGUCCAGGGCUUUACGGAGAAUGGUCCACUUGGUGCUCUUCUGUCCUCUGUCCAAAGGCCUGCAGAGUCGCCUCCCAGCCAUCAAGGUCAAGUACCUCCUGCUGGCGUGGUUGGGCGUCCUGGUGGCCAGCUGGGUGCUCUACAUGCAGUACGCCUCCUACGCCGAGCUCUGCCGUGGACACAUCUGCCACGCUGCCAUCUGCAACCACUACAAGCGUGGCGUCAUCGCCGGCUCGUCCUGCAAAGCGCUGUGCGAGCAGAAGACGCUGACGUUGCAGCGCUGCAUGUCCACGUCGUCCAAACACCAGGUGUACGCUGGCCUGUGGAAGGAGCUUCCGGUCGUGGUCAAGUGUGGGAUCGAGGAUCGCGGGAAGGUCGACGGCGCUCCGGAUUCGCCGCUGCAACGGGAGAGGAGCUUGUUUGACAAACCAACGCGUGGAACCUCCAUGGAUGAGUUCAAGGAGAUGAUGCUCGACUUCCUGAAGGCUAAUUUCGGAGAGCAGCCGUCUUUGAGCGCCCUCGUGGACCGAAUCAUUACCCUGGCGGACGUCAACCAGGACACGAAGCUGUCCCUCGCCGAGGCCAAGUCGAUCUGGGCCCUCCUCCACAUCAACGAGUUCCUCCUGAUGGUGGCGCUGCAGGAGAAGGAGCACACGCCCAAGCUGCUGGGCUUCUGCGGAGACCUGUAUGUCACGGAGCCCCUGGGCCACACCGCCCUCUACAGGCUGGAGACGCCGCCGUAUAUGCAGCCCCUGGUGCCGGGGCCCCUUGUCGCCAGCCUGAACCGCUGGCUGGCCCCCGCCUGGCCCCGCCGGGCGCGCAUUACCAUCGGCCUGCUGGAGUUUGUGGAGGAGGUCUUCCACGGGCCCUACGGCAGCUUCCUCAUCUGCGACGCCAGCCCGCGCCACGUGGGCUACAACGCCAAGUACGACUGCAAGAUGGCCGAUCUGCGCGCCGUGGCCUCGGAGGCGGCGGUGCGCGCCUACCUGAAGGGGCGGCGCUGCGAGACCAACGCCGACUGCACGUACGGCACCGACUGCACGGCCACCUGCGACCGCCUGGUCAAGCAGUGCAACACGGACGUGGCGCGGCCCAACCUGGCCAAGGUGUGCGCGCUGCUGCAGGACUUCCUGCUCUUUGGCGCGCCGGCGGACCUGCGGGGCGACCUGGAGAGGCAGCUCCGCACCUGCGUGACGCUCAGCGGGCUCGCCAGCCAGAUGGAGGUGCACCACUCGCUGGUCCUCAACAACCUGAAGACGCUGCUGUGGAAGAAGAUCUCCAACACGCAGUACUCCUGAAAGCCACGAGGCGGCGACGUCAGACUCCUUUUCUAUCCUGUGCAGGAUCACGGAGGGGGUGGAGCCUAUACCAGCUGACCAAUGAGGAAGCGGCGGUAUAGCCAUGUGAGUGAAACAACAAAUGUCCUUUUUGCAACUGUGAAUAUCUACAAAGUGAAACUACUGUCAGCCUGACUUUGGUCCUAUACACUAAAACUUCUACAGUCCAAUACUUCAAGUCAUACAACUUUAACAACGUACGUGGAAAAAAACGCAUGAAGAAUGUCAAUUUAUGACUGCACUUGAUGACAUUUUACCACAAACUCGUUCCUAGCCCCUUCCUGCUCUGUCACCGAUAAGAAUAUAACAGCCCAUUUCCCAUUCAUGGGUGACCUACUGGGUUCGAAUCCAGGUGGAAGUUGUGACAGCAAGGUUUUCUAAAUUACAGGGGUGUCCUUAUCUGAUUUUAUAUUAGUCUGAUAUCAGGGGGGAAAAAAUCAAGUAUGGAAUAAUAUCGGCUUGCACGGAAAAACUCUGAUGCAACUCUGUUUGUUAUUUAUCUAAAUGUUACCCAAUUACCACACAAGGUUUGUCUUUUUGCUGCAGCCUACUAGGAGCUAACAGCUAAGCUAAGCACACGGUAGCAUAGACAUAUGUAAUAAGUGUCCUUAGUUCAAAAUAUUGCAGUAAUGUUGGUAUAAACACCUAUCUAAUAAUGAUAGUUGUGUAUUACUUACACAUACACAUUGUCAAAUAGCACGGGGUAAUCUUUGGGCACCGAACGUACGUAUGUAUGUAUGUACACACACAUAUAUAUAUACAUAUAUAUGUGUGUGUGUGUGUGUGUGUGUAUAUAUAUAUAUAUGUAGUAUAUGUGAGUGUGUGUGUAUAUAUAUAUAUAAAUGUGUUUUUAUAUAUAUACAUACAUAUAUAUAUACACACAUUUUUAUAUAUAUAUAUAUAUAUAUAUAUAUAUACGCGCACACACAGACACACAUUUAUAUAUAUGUGUGUGUGUGUGUGUUUGUAUGUAUGUAUGUGUGUAUGUGUAUGUAUAUAUAUAUGUGUGUGUAUUAUGUAAUAAUGUGUGUGUGUGCAUGUAUGUAUGUAUGUAUGUAUAUAUGUAUAAUGUGUGUAUAUAUGUGUAUGUAUACAUUAAUAUUUACGUAUAUAUACAUGUAUAUAUAUAUGCAUAUAUACACAUUAUUAUUAUAUGUAUAUAUAAUGUAUAUUUUAUAUAUAUAAUUUUUUUUUAAUCUAUUUUUCAAAAUUAUGAUUUGAGUUAGAAUCAGGAUGAGUAAGAAUCACGAUUCGAAUGCUAUUUGAUUUUUUUUUUGUGCACCCCUCCAAAGCAGUGUUAGAGUAUCCAGUAACAUACGUGUCCGCAUCAUUGAACUUAUGCCUUAAAAAAUUAUUGUGGCCACCUAUUGUCGCCAAGACAAAUUACCACUCCUUUUACUAACAUAACUUUAGUGUUCUUUAUAUCAACCGUGCUCGGUUGGACUAAUUAUACUUAAACAAAUAUUGUCCAACAUUCCACAUUACAAAAUAUUAAAAUUCUUUACUAUGAUUCUUGUUGAUAUCGUAUUCAAAUGGUAUCGGCCAAUACUCAAGGCUCCAAUAUCGGUAUGAUAUCAGAUGUGAAAAUUGGGACACCCCUGCUGAUUUUAAUUUUGUACCACUUAUUUUGCACUUAAUUUAUUCCUCAUGAAUUAGUUUUAGCCCCAAACAUGCAAUCUAGUUCAGUUCAAGUUUGAGUCAAAUACUUUAAAAUAGUUUCACUCAAAUAAAAAAAGAGUGAAGAAAUGUAACAGGGAAUGAAAAUGUGCUCAGUUGUAGACAAUCAGCUGUGAUUAAAAACACUUGGCUUCA